AUGCUCGCCCAGGCCGCCCGCGCUGCCAGUCGGAAGAUCACGCGCUACCGCCCUCGGGCACAGCGUCUGGCCACUGCCGCUACCACUUCUAAUGCGGGGCCGUGUCCUGUGGAGAACGAGCUGGUGGAGCUGUUCGACCAUCCACAGCAGCACUCGUCCUCCCCGCUCUCCCCCACAGGUCUAUUCGCCCAGCGCGUGCUCACCCAACCCUCCGGCUUUCACUCUCUCACGCACGCGACGCUACUACGCGCACAUCUGUUGACGGAGCGGAUAGUACGGGCCAAGGGGAACAGGGAAGAGCUGCUCAAGGUGGUGAAGAACCUGGACAGGCUGAGCGACAUCCUGUGCUCGGUCAUCGACCUCUGCGAGCUCGUCAGAAACUCGCAUCCGGACGGGGAAUGGGUGGAGAGCGCCAACGACGCGUACGAGCAUCUGUGCGAGUACAUGAACGUCCUCAAUACUUCUACUGGACUGUACGAGGUGCUCAAGGAAGUCCUGCACGACCCCUCCAUCACAUCUGCGCUAUCCCGAGAAGCGUACUACACCGCCCUCAUCUUCUGGCGCGACUUUGAAAAGUCAGGCAUCUCCCUCCCGCCAGACCAGCGCGCACGCUUCGUCCAGCUCUCCUCCUCCAUCCUCACCCUCGGCCGCACCUUCCUAUCCGAUGCACAGUCUGCCCGCCCACCUGCACAUAUUGCGCCUGCAGAGCUUGAAGGGUUGAGGGAUGACGGGAUGGGCGCUAGGUUGAGAUGGCAGAGCAAGAUCACUGGCAGGGAGCUCUUGGUCUAUCCGGGCAGCGUGCAGGCGCAGAUGAUCAUGCGCAGCGCACCCAAGGAGGAGCCGAGGAGAAAGGUAUACAUGGCUAGCAACGCGUCUAGCGAGGACCAGGUCCGGACACUCGAAGAGCUGCUACGAGCGAGAGGCGAACUCGCGCGGUUGGUAGGGACGGAGAGCUUCGGACAUAUGACGCUGGGGGACAAGAUGGCGAAAUCGCCAGAACACGUCGGCCAGUUCUUGGAGACGCUCAUGGAACAUACCAGGCCGCAUGCUAGGAAGGCGUUGAGGGCGCUGUCGGACAGGAAGGCGGCACAUUUGGGCCUGCCGGCUGGGAGCAGACCGACAAUUCACGGUUGGGACAGGGAUUACUACUGUCCACCCGAACCGCCUGCACCGCCAUUACCUCUACCGCCGCUGACCAUCGGCACCGUUAUGCGCGCUCUGUCACGGUUGUUCUCCCACCUAUACGGUAUUCGCCUGCGACCAGCACCACUCGCACCGGGCGAAGCAUGGCACCCCGAUGUUCGCAAACUCGUCGUCGAAGACUCCACCGGGACCCUCGGUUACAUCUUCGCAGACCUCUUCGCCCGACGCGGCAAAGCUGGCGGUGCAGCGCACUACGCUGUACGCUGUUCGCGACGAGUAGACGACGACGAUGUCGCAGGCGACCUUCCCCCUCCAGCAGAGUACGCGGAUUUGGCGGAGGUAUCGAGGGAGUUUGAGGUCGGCGGGCAUCAGGGUGGUGUGCAGCUGCCGGUCGUGGCGCUGUUGACCGAGUUCGCGAGGCCUGUUGCGGGGAGGGGUGCUACUGUUCUGGAAUGGCAUGAAGUGCUUACGCUCUACCAUGAGAUGGGGCACGCCAUGCAUUCCAUGAUUGGUCGGACAGACUACCAGAACGUCUCCGGUACACGCUGCGCGACUGACUUUGUCGAGCUACCAUCGAUCCUGAUGGAGCACUUCCUGACCUCGCCUUCCGCGCUUGCUCUCUUCCUGCCCAACCCGCCGCGUACCCUUCACCCAUCCGACGGCGCAGCGAAUCAUCACGAGGACCCCUGUAGAAACAUCGACACAUACGGCCAGAUCCUCCUCGCCGCGCUCGAUCAGCAGUACCACUCGCCUGCCGCACUCGAACCCGGGUUCAACUCUACUGCGGUACUUGCGGACCUCGUGGGGAAGAAGGGCUUGAUCCCGUAUGAACCCGGCACGUCCUGGCAAACACAGUUCGGGCACUUAUUCGGCUACGGCGCAACGUACUACUCCUACCUCUUCGACCGCGCCAUCGCCUCGCGCGUUUGGCGUCAACUGUUUGUCCGCGAUCCGUUGAGUCGCGAGAUGGGCGAGCGGUAUAAGAACGAGGUAUUGAGAUACGGCGGUGGGGAGGAUCCGUGGAAGAUGCUGGGUGGGUUGCUUGGAGAGGAGGUAUUGCUCAAGGGCGAUACGGAGGCUAUGAGGGAAGUCGGCAGGUGGAGGGUUGGCGAGGAGCUGGCCGUUCCCGGGAGGCAUUGA